AUGUCUACCGCCGAAACCAAUCCAGAACGACCUAACCGACAGGCGCAAGGCCUUGCCUGUGAUGAGUGUCGAGCAAGGAAACUGCGAUGCGAUCGAGUGCGGCCUAUAUGUGGAACUUGCGAAACUCUCGAAAUUGAUUGUACCCCAAAUAAUGCUCGACAACCGCGAGGGCCUCGGAAAGGCUACCUAAGAACAUUGCAAUCCCGCAUUUUGGCUCUGGAACGUCAAUGUAGCGGACAACAAAGGCAAACACCGCCCGAAAGUCCUCCGAAUAACCUGGAAUCAACGGAGAUUCUCGAAGACCAAACCAACGCGGAACAACCACCUCUCACUCAGGUGUCGAAUGAUCAACCCAUUAUACAACAGACCGUCUCAUCGGAAGGGAUGUCGACAUUGCACGGCCCCUUUCCCUUCACUCUUGCUACCUCAUCCGCUAUUUCCUCGGAUCCAUCAAAACCUGCAGACAUCUUCUCACACAUGGGACAUUUCGCGUCUGUGCCUGCUGAGUUUGAUGCAAGGGAUUUUGUGGCUCCACCAUCGAUUCCAAAUAGCACGUUGUCAAAAAACCAAUUCGAGUUUUCUUCGGAUUUUGGCGUCACGCCAGAAUUCCAAUUGCCUGAACUGAUGAAGGCGGAUUUGAGUCAUUUGUUCUUUGAUCGGGUUCAUCUUUUUGCCCCGAUUCUCAACAAGCGGCGAUAUUUCGCGCGCGCAGCGCGACCAACGAGUGAUCCAAUGGCUAUGACGUGUCUCCAGCACGCUAUGUGGACACUUGCAGCGUGGCUCGGGAGUCAGUUCAAAGAUAUCCAGAAAGACCUCUACAUAUACACGCGAGGAGUGUUAGAAAAAUCGGAGCUCGAAAUGCACCUUGGGAACCCUCCCAUUGAAUUAGCCCAGGCGUGGUUGUUCCUGGCAAUAUAUGAAAUCAUGCAGGUUAAUUAUGAGAGGGGUUGGUUGAGUGCUGGGCGGUGCUUUAGACUGGUUCAACUGAUGAAGCUUCACGAAAUUGAUGUGCCAAACGGGAUAGGAGAAUCAGGAAUUUCAUUUGGUGAUAUUGAGGAACGCCGAAGGACAUUCUGGAUGGCAUACUGCCUGGACCGCUUCAUCAAUCUCAUAAAUGAGAUGCCACUGACUCUCAACGAACAAGUGAUUUUCACUCGCUUGCCGGCAUCAGAAGUUGCCUUCCAACGUGAGCGACCCGUUAAAACUCAAUUGCUUUCCGAAUUCAUGGCAGGAGAGGACGACGUUCGAAAUAUCUCUCCAUUCAGUGCCUGUAUUGUACUCAUAACAAUUAGCGGUCGAUGUUUGUCCCACCAGCAGCAAUGUAUCGUGGAAAAUGCAUACGGGGGCAUACCUCAAGAUUUUCUUACCCGGCAUCAAUGGCUCGAAACGAUCCUCAUGAGCAAAGGCAAGAUGAUGUUUGACUUCGUCUCCGCUGAUCUAGAUGAAGAGCUCGCGGACCCUAUGCUGCUGUUCACAAAUAUGGCAGCGCAAGCAACCACACUUCUGUUAGGCAGGACCAUGCAAUCCACACUGUGUAACUAUGAGAGCUUAAUCAGUGGAUUUGAAGAGCGAGCCAUGAAGGCUGCUGAAAAGAUAUCCCAUCUAUGCCAGGGACUAGAGGAAUAUGGCCAUUUCAAGGUAUAG